AUGAAUCUGACAUUCAAGUUUUUCUCAUUGACACCCACUUCGGAUAUUUUCACGGUAUUCCUAAUUUCGAAAUAUGCCCCGAAACAAUCUGAAUGCAGCCUUUCCUCCAUAUUGCCUGAUGUUGCCAAAAAAGAAAUUUGCUUUAACUUAAUAAUAAUAAUAAUAAUAAUAAUAAUAAUAAUAAUAAUAACAAUAAUAAUAUUUAUUACCCUCAUUAAACAGUAUAUAAAAGUUUACAAACAAAAAGCCUUAAGAGAAUAAAGGGCUACAUCAGCUUGCUCCUUAAAAAAGCAGCUGCUAGAGCAAAAAAACAAACAAAUUUAAACAAUUGUAUAAUAAUACAAAUGGCUAUUAAGACAUUGAUAAUUAAUAAUAUUUUGAUAUUAAGAAAUAGAGAAAACGGGGAGCAGGAGAUAUGUUUUCUAUGAUAUCUGAGACCGUAAAUCACUUUUAAGGUUCUUCUUAAAUGUAGCUACCGAGAGAGAAAAAUCUUUAAUUUUGAAUUUGUUUACCAAAAAGGCAAUUUGAUAUGAGAUUGAUUUCUCAAAUGAUUAUUUAUUGUGUGACGGAGGGCUUUUAUAUUUUAUAAUCUUGUAAAAAAAGGAAGUAGAGUGCAAGGUAUGUCUCUGAGCCAUAUUCAACCAUCCCAGUUCAGGUAGUUUGUGGGAGACUCUUUGUCUACCCCUUAUGCCAAAUAUAAGUCUCAGACAAAAAUUCUGAGCUGUUUGAACCCGUUUUAGUUCCACACUAGCAACAAAUAGGCCACAUACCAUAUCAGCAAAGUUGAAGUGGGACAACACUAAAGCUUCGCAGAGCGUGGCUUUAGUAUUUUGUGAUAGGUAA